AAUGAAUAUCCCAUCGUUGGGAGCCACUACACCUACGAAUACUCUCCGGAAGUGGUAUCGAAAGAUGGUGUUCACUGCUGUGCAAUAAACCCUGAUUUUGGGAAACGAUUGAGGAAAUUGGCUGAACGGUAUGAUUGCUGUGGGGGGGCAACCCCAACACAACCUUAUUAAGGAAAAGCGAGAGUACAUGGCGAAUAAUGCCUAUGGCCACGACGAGGUCGAAGCAUUGACGGAAGUAGUCGACGACCCACGCGAAUAUUACAUUCGCAUGAUGACUUUGGAAGGCAUACGACCCUGGAUCGAUACGACCAAAAUCAUGUCAUGUUUAUCCAAGUUGGCCACCGAGCAGCGAACCUCCUCUAGUCACCUUUAUCGCAACGUCAUGAAGAACCUUGAGCAGGUCAGAGACUUUGGACUGUCCGUCGCUUGGGAUCCAGAUCGAGUAUCCCAAGGCCAGGGGGGGGGCAACCCUCUUGAACAACCCGAACAGAACAUACCUAUAGCACCACUACCAGCUACGAUAUUUUGUCAACCUGCGAAGCGUCCAACACACCUUAAAGCGCACUCACUGGUGUCGACGCCCACAAGAACUCCAUUUGCUGCGACGAUACAGAUUUUUUCGUGAACGAUAAACUGGACAAGGUGUUGCAAGAGAUGAGACAGGUGAAACAGGCUCUAGCACAACAAGGAGAUGAGGACGUCCUUGACCGUAUAACGCCAACGAAGAAACGACCAUGAUGACGAGGACGUCAUCUUCUUUCGUUCGUGAGGGGCAGAUGUUAGGAUUAGGACAAGAUCAAGGCAAGAGCAAGGAGCAGCUAGCUUAGCUAACUUGGUACAUGACAAUUCUUCGUAGCUUUGCAAGUCUUAGAAAACCUGACUUAAUACAACUAUGCCUACAACCUCAAUUCUC